AUGGGGUACGAAGCUGUUUGGAGAUCAUCGUCUUCGAAGCUACAUCGCACCCGCGCCGAUACGCAAUUUUUGCAUGACGGCAACGUUCUGUCACACCUCUUCUUCCUCUUAUGGCAUCUUGAGCACGAAGCUCGGGCCCUUGCUGGGGCCGAGGAUUGCGCUGCCGACGUGGCGGGACAUGUGCCGUUGUCGCGCGUCAUUGGAGAAGAGCAGACUCGUAAAGACGUGACUAGUCGGCUGGAGCAAGGGGUGUUGAGAGGCUCUGUAGGGUGGGAAUUGCCUGAACUUCAGAAUUUGGAGUACUAA